AACUUUAGUCAAAUUGGUAAUUUCAGAAUAAUUUUAUCGGUGGACGACUUAACCAACAAUCUCGCUCUGCUUGGCAAAAGUAACGCCCAAUUUAUUCAAGAUCUCGUUGUUAGCGAGAUUUGGCAGCAGACGGGUAAUGAAAACAAUGUCACGAUUGGUAUCAGUCUCGAUAAAACUGAUAAUAUAGAGAUAAAGAAGGAUGAAUUAAGUCCAGUUCGAGAACCAGGCAACGUUGAAGUACCGGAUACGGACACGGCGAUUUAUCUGACCAAGUCACUUCUUGAAGGAAAAAGAACAAAAUUAACGUUUCAAAUAUACGGAAAUACGGAUUUAUUUUCUGUAAUCAGCAGUAAAUUUAAGAUAAAUAGUAAAGUGGCUGCAGCUCGAUUGACGAAGAACAACCAACCAAUCGUCGAUUUAGGAAAUGAUUACGUCACAGUUGUCUUUUACACUUAUAAGAAAAGCGACAAUCUUGUGUGCGCUUACUGGAAUUAUUCCGCUAAUGAAGACGCCGGAGGUUGGAAUACCAAAGGUUGCACGUUAGUCUCGAACGAGUAUGGCCGAGUUGUUUGCAAGUGUAACCACCUUACAAAUUUUGCUGUGCUCAUAGACCUGGAAGCUGUGGAUAUCUCCGACACAGACAAGCUCGUUUUAGGCAUCAUUACAAAAAUUGGACUUAUUAUCUCAAUUAUCGGCCUUGGGAUCACAAUUUUGACGUUCCUGAUGUUUAAACAUCUUAGAAAUGGGCGUGGUCAACAAGUUCUUAUCAACUUAAGCGUCGCUAUGCUGUGUUCGUCUGUUUUGUUUCUGGUAGGGGUUGAUCGUACGGAGUCGUAUGGAGGAUGUAUAGCCGUCUCGGCAAUGCUACAUUAUUUCAUACUGGUGACCUUUUUGUGGAUGUUGGUUGAAGGACUUUUGCAGUAUCUGAGAUUCGUGAAGGUUCUAGGAACAUAUAUACCUAAAUUUAUGUUCAAGACAAUGAUACCGGCAUGGGGUCUGCCACUUAUUCCGGUGAUAAUCGUACUUGCAAUAGACUACGACAUGUAUUAUGGUGGAAACGGAUAUUGCUGGUUGUCAUGGAAACCGUUUUUGUACGCAUUUAUUAUUCCCGUUGCUGUGAUCAUUUUUGCGAACAUUAUUGUUUUCUUUAUGGUCAUGUGUAAUUUAUGUAGAAGAAAGCAUAAAGGCAUGGUUUCCAAUCAGUCCGAAAAGAAGAUGGCAUUCCUUCAUUUUCAGGCCGGGGUAUCUAUUCUUGUAAUCUUAGGUUUGACAUGGGUGUUUCGGAUUCCUAACCGGGUUGAUAACACGAGGGAUUGUGUUUCCAUUACUUGUUCGCCAUAUUCAACGCUUCCAGGGCCCUUCUUCAUUUUCUUAACUGUUCACAGCACUGAGAAAAAACAAAAUCCGGAUAAGAAAGGCAUGGAGAAAGAUUUGCUGCAAGAAAUCCCAAUAUAA